UAUUUCAACUCCACAAGUCAUCACAAUCACCACAUUCUCGACCUCUUAAACCUCUCAGAGCUGUCAUGAGCCAGCAAGCAUCCUCGUCCGGUCGCAAGGCGCCUACACAAACUACUGCAAUAGCCACACGUGGUGUCUCCUUGACAGCGUUGAUGCGCAAACGCGCCAAGGACCAGUUCGAGAGUGUCAAACGCGGCGAUGGACCUCUUCCCAUCGGCCAGCCAGCGGCCAAGAAGACGUCUACUAAUGCCGGUGAACCGCUGAGUGCAAGGCCUACAAGCUACACUGUACGAAGUGGCGCCAACAUUGCUGGCGAGCGCGUCAAUUUGCAGCGUAAGCCAACGUCUCAAGGGACAGAAACUGUUCAGCCGCCUGUACGGACUAUUCGCGUCAAAGCAUCUAAAGCACAAUUGAGGCCAUCGAUACCCUCAUCAGAUUCAUCUGCUACCUUGCAGUCUAUGUCGCCCAAUAUCCCAGCCAAUACAGGUGGCCAUGCCAAAAGCAGUACUACGUCGUUUGCUGGCUCACCGGUCAUCCAGCGCGGUACGCCUAAAGCCACACACAGUACACCCGCAAGCCGUCCGAUGCAUUCAAGUGUCGCUUCUGCCAAAACCCAGCAGAUUACAGCAUCGCCAGUCAUGUCAGCCAUGUUGCGCUCGCGCAUUCCACAAGCAACGAGCCGGUCACUGACGCAGCAUGCCUCAUCACCUGGACUGACACCUGGUAGCGGUAAAGCACGGUUUGCAAACCAAGGGGCUGGAUCGCCCAUUGCUGGUAGCGGCAUUCGUGUCAAGGUGGCACCCCUUCAGCAAGGCACACCGACGGGUGUGAAGCGAGCAACGCAGCAGCCAUUGCCGGGCACCAUCAAAACGCCAACAGCUGGAUCCAUUCGUGUCAAAACGACACCAAUGAGUGGCACAAGCCGGCCCAUCGUUAUUAAGGCACGGCCGCAGUGAUCACCACUGCUGGUCAAAUAUAAUGUAUUCUAUCGACUCGUUAGCGCUAGCUUUGGCGUACAGGAAACGACUCUUGCUUAUCUCUAUAUUGCCUUUCCUACACCGUCAACCGUUUCAAUGGCCCGCCAAACUGGCCAAUUCGAUAUAGUGACCCAUGG